AUGGUCGAUUUACGGCCUGUUAAAGCCACCACAAUCUCAAUCUUUUGGUACACACGACCUCAACCACUCCCCCCAGCAUCGAUCAUGUCCGCCUUUACGCGGUCGCGAUUUCCUUACUUUAUACUCAUAUGCGUGCUUAUACUUAUAUGUUUACCCACUGAGGGUGUAUACGCCUUUGGUGCCGGAAACAUUCCCAGUUACUCCCACAUGGAGGGAAAGGCGUUUCGUCAUGGGGAUAUUGAAGAUACCCUUGCUGAACUUGCUGCGGGAGCGGGGAAAGGGCUCUUGGGCAUAAGGCUCAAGCGGUUGCAGAAGCAGAGCAUAAUCAAUCUGGUUAUGGUCUUGGGCUUCUUGGCCCACGGUUAUGCUACGAACGAAUUCGAGGUGACGGAAGAGCGUUUGGGUGUGUAUCUGCCUGUCGAACACAUAGAUAACCCCAAGGGGUACGGCGAUGGAGAGGAUCCCCGCCAGUACCAUCCCAAACUCAGGGCGGCGAUUGAUCCCCGGGAGCUGGAGGUAGAUUACCGCACGGGCAUGAAGAACUACAUAGGAAAUGAGGAUGGUCCGUGGGACACAUCAAAGGGGCAUAUCCGACGGGUGUUGGAACAAUGCAUUGAGAUGGGACGCAGAGCUCGAAGUAGCGGACGCAAGGAAGAAGAAUAUGAGUCGCUCAGGUUGCUCGGUACAGCGCUGCACACGCUAGAAGACUUCCCCGCUCACUCCAACUUUUGCGAGCUUGCUCUAGUCUCACUUGGUUACAAUGAGGUGUUCGUACACAUGGGUGAUCAGGUCCGAAUCCAGGCACCUAAUGGGCGCAUGGUGGCACCUCUCGUCACCGGCACUUUUGGAGGAAGCGAUUUCAUCCAUAGCUUACUAGGCGAGGCCACCGACCAUAUCAGUGAAGCUUCUGUAUCCGAUUUGACUAAGGAGUUUGACAAAGCUCGUUCGCGCUCUGCAAAUCAGUCUCAGGCUAGCGCAGCUCUUCGAGAGCUGAUCUUCCAACUGCCGGGCGGAGGCGACAAUGAUCUUCGGCGCGACAUGGAGGGCGUUGAGCGUCUGCGGGCCUCUACUCAACCUGGGGUCGCCGGGGGCACUAAGCCACCGGAAGAAAUGAGCCCCCAGGAGUUACAUGCGGUACUCUGGCAGGUUUUAAAGUUCCGUGAUAGUGUUGCAAAGAAGAUAGAGAAGACUAUCGAAAAAAUCCCAGGGUUGGGUGCGUUAAUCGAGAAAAUUACGGAUAACUUGGCCGUUUUCAUCUACACUACACUCGAACCAUUCAUGAAGCCAAUCUUACAGUCGGCGACCACUGCGUUACAAUCAGGCUCAGCAGAAGUCAUCAACUCUCAUGAUCAGUAUGAAGUGUUUAAUGACCCGCACGCGUCCGAUCCAACGCACUCAUUCCUGAGCAAGGAUCACUUCGGACUCAUCCUGAAUGAGCCUGCUGGUAAUCUUGCCAAGAUCAUACUGUCUCAUUCUGUGAAAAUGGUAGUGAAUGCUUGGGACGAUCAUUCUAUCCAUCCUCGGCAAGCCAUCGAGCCGAUUUUGGCCUGCAUGUUCCAUCCUGAUUUCCACGACCCCAAUUCGGCGGUACAACGUGAAAUGAUACAAUAUAUGGGUACAAUAAAAUCACAAAGCAACCCUCAUGAUGUGGCCAGGCGUCUUAGCAGGGAGAGUGUGCGUAAUCAUCAAGCGACACGUCUAAAGGAACAAGGUGCCGACGCUCAUGCUUCGGGGGCUGGAUACACCGCCGGCUUGCAAGCACAGCAGGACCUUGCAAAUUAUUUCAAUAACAUGGGAGCAGGUAGUAUUGGAAACAUCUUCUCAGGACAUGGCUCGCGUGAACUUUCGGGUGAUAAUAUUCCACCAUCAGGCCCUCCAGCUCAUGGGCCACCACCUAUUCAUGUCAACACUUCGGCCAUCCCUGCUACAGGCGAAGCGGGUCAAUAUUACGGGAGCGCAGUAAGCUCCCAUUCCCACCACAGUAGCCACGGGAGCCACCAUCAUACUCCUAGCGGUGGCGUGGGUGGCUUCGGAUUCCCAUCUCCCUCAUUCAACCCUACGCAUACACCCCCUGCGGGUUCGGGGUAUAAUCCAACGUAUGGAAACCCACCACCCCCGUCGUUCCCUGGUGGACCGCCUGCUUUCCCGUCGGCGCCAGGUUUCCCGGCACCAGGUGGGGGAUAUCCGCCGAAUACUGGGUUCCCUCAACCAGGCGGAUUCACUGGGCCCCCGUAUGGCGGGGCUUAUGGCACGCCUCCCGGCCCUCCACCUUUCCCUGGAGGACCACCAGGUGGAGUUUACGGGCAACCACCAUUCCAGCCAAACACUAGUACAUACCCCGGCCAAGGGCAUGGUCACAACCAGGGUGGUUAUAACCCAAAUUACGGGGGAGGCGGAGGAUGGUAG